GUUAACAACGGCUUGGUUUAGUUUGUAUGGGAUCUGUUAAAUUUUGGCCAUAUAUGGUGGUAGGCAGUGACCAGAAUGAAUACAUACAUCAACCAACACACUACAGUUCAAAGUAUGGAGAACUCGAACGACUGGGAUGAUGAUUAUCAAGAGGGUUAUGAAAGGGUCGGUCCACCACGGCCUACAAUUAGAAAUGUGAGGAGCGAAAGCGGACCUGACGUGCCAGCGGAAACAGUUGAAGUACUUAAUGCGACCGGCAAUGUGAGGCGGAGGAAAAUACUGAUUCUAGUGGGGUGCACACUAAUAAACUUUUGUCAAUCAGUUGUGUUUGCCAUGGCAGUGUUGGGAAAAAUUAAUUCAGAUCUUACUAACGAGCAAGCAGACGACAUACGAAAAGCAUUAUUGAUUACACGACGUUUGGGAGUUCCGUUUGCAUCCCUCCUUAUGAUAGGCCUGGGCUACCGAAUUGUUGGGAUCGCCGGAUGUUCCCUUGUCGGACUUGGUCUAUUUAUAGCUGCCUGGGUACCACGUGUGGCAGUAGGUGGUAUCACGUUUCUGGUCGGAGGAGUGGCAGGUCUUGGUUUCGCAUUUCUCUCAUUAACUGUCAUCAUUCCUAUUUUGGAGACUUUCACUAAACACCGACUGAGAUAUGUCGUACUGAUAAGGUCGGUGGAAUCAGUUGCGGCCACUGUGUUUGCAGGCAUUACCUUAGUACCGGAUAUUGACAUUGAUUGGCGGAUCUUAUAUCGUUACCAGCUAAUUAUCAUGGUGAUUGCGGGGGCCGCUUGUGUGCUUCUGAAACCUCUAGACCGUACCACAGUUGACACAAACAAUGGAGUUAUUGGUCGUUUGCUUGGCCUAUCAGAUUUCAGUAUUUUUAGAGGCGUGGCGCUGUAUCUACUAGUGAUAGUUUAUUUCUUGGACCAGCUUGGCAAGCCGAUUCCUGUGUAUGAACUAUCAUCUCUGCUACAGGACCCCACGAAGGGGUUUGGGACCGAUCUUUCUGUACGAGUAAUCGUUACUUUGCCUUUUAUUGGAAGUUUGUUGGGACUUUUGACACUCGUUUUCUGGCACAGGUUCAGUCUUGUGGACAUCCUAUGGACACUUGGACCAGUCAACAUAGUGUCCGGACUUCUGACCUUCCAAGCCCCUGCUCUGAGCAAGGUGGCCUGGGUAGCCGUGUAUGCUGUAGGGUUUGGCAUGUCAAUAGGUGUCUUUCUCGCCCUCGUUGACAACGUGAUACCUCAUGCGUUUGGGAAACAGAGAAUUCGAAUUGUAGAGGGAAUCCUGGGAUUAGCUUCCGGUGUUGGGCACGUCAUAUCCUUUCCUGUUAAUGAUGCACUCAAGAUACAGACAAAUGAUUAUGAGCCUUCUUUCUACUUAUCGGGAUCAGCUCUCAUCACUUCCGGUUUGUUAGCAAUUGGUUUCCGGUUUGUUUUGUUACGUCAGAAUAAUAAAAAGGAAAACGAUCGGUGACAGCAACAUACUAACAAAAUAAAACCGAUUGCCAAUUUUUAUGCCUGUAGGGCUGGCAAAAUAAUUACCAUUAUUAUACUUGGUCUUUUAAUACUGCUUUUAUAGAUCUCUAACUGAUGUUAAGUCUCAAUGAAAUCAAUGAUCCGACAAAUUGACUUUAAUUACAUUUUUUUUCUUUAUGCUGUAUUACAUUAUUAUAUGGAAAACUGUAUGAUAAUGUUUAUAGCGAAACCCGUUAAUAAUGCAUCCUUUCGGUGAUGGGUACGAACACUAUCACUGGAGGGGUUGGAAUGGCGAUCAAAAAAAAAAAAAAACAAGAGCUUAAAUGAAGCCAAACUUUCAUAUUUAUGAUAU